AUGGAGUUCGUGCAUGCUCAAGAAUCCAAGGGUCUCCUCUCGGACGAGGUGCUACGAACAAAGGCAAAUGAACUCGUCGGAGAGGGGACAAUUUCCCUGUCGUGGAUUCAACGGUUCAAGUUUCGUCAUCGUGUGACGCUACACAAUAUGCAUGGGGAGGCUGGAUCGGUUGACACGGCGGACCUCGGCCAGCAACGCGCAAAGUUAAUGGAGCUACUCGACAAAUACAACCCCCAAGAUAUUUUCAAUAUGGACGAGACAGCUCUGUUUUACCGUAUGCUACCAAGUCAAACGCUAGCGACCAAGUCCGUUGCAGGCAAAAAGAAGGACAAGACUCGAAUUAGUAUCGGACUAUGCUGCAACUUGGCAGGUACUGAAAAAUUGGAGCCCAUCGUGAUCAAUCGAGCUGCGAAACCUCGCUGCUUCAAAGGUGUCAACGUUGGUGCGAUCCCUAUGGACUAUUUUUCGAACCAAAAAGCAUGGAUGCAUUCUGAAGUGUUUUUGAAGUGGGUGCGGGCGCUAAAUCUCAAGAUGCAUGGACGCAGAAUACUUUUGGUACUCGACAACGCUGCCGGUCAUGUUGACAUUGAACUGAACAAUGUGUACAUCCAUUUCCUACCAAAAAAUACUACGUCGCACCUGCAACCAAUGGACGCCGGCAUUAUUCGAAACUUCAAGCUGAAGUACAAGAAAUUAUUUGUGCAGUGGGUGAUUGAGCAGACCGGUCCACAGAAGCGGUUAGAUUUGUUGACGGCAAUAAAAUUUGUCGUGGACGCAUGGAACGCGGUUUCGGAUGCGACAAUUCGGCGGUAUACUAGGUUGUGUCAGGAAGCAUGA